AUGGACUCCUCCAGCAACUCUAGCUUGGACUCCACCUCCCCGGAUUCGGGCCGCCUGAUUUCGAGCACCGUCCUGGGGCUGUGCUGUGCGCUGGGCCUCCCUGGUAACAUAGCUGUCCUGGUGGUCAUCCUGCGCCGCACGUCCCGACGCCCCAACUUCACCCUGUGCCUCAUGCUGAACCUGGCUUCCUCUGACAUCCUGUGCCUGGCCACGGUGCCCGUGUGGAUCUAUACUCUCCAGCAAGGCUGGACUCUGGGCCGUGCUGCAUGCAAGAUAGCCACCUUCCUGCUCUACCUCAGCCUGAAUGCUAACGUGCUAACGGUUACUCUACUCGGUGUCCAGCGCUACCUCCAGGUCCUCUACCCGCAGAUGUGGAACAGGCUGGGGCGCAAGGGGGAGGCGGUGCUGCUCCUGGCCCUGUGGGGGCUCGCCUGUGCCCUGACUGCCCCCGCAGUUGCCACUCGCGAUGUGCGCGAUGGCGAGCUCAAGUGCCAGCGACACACGGGCUCCGAUGCUGAAAGAGUUGCUGUCCUCGUCUUGGAGACCCUUUUAGGGUUUGUGAUUCCGUUCUCUGUGCUGGUCACGUCCUACUGCCGCCUCCACCGGCGGGUGAACCAGACGGCACUGUUCAGCAGUGCCAAGAUGACGCGGCUGGUCACCAGUGUGGUGGUCGCCUUCUUCAUCCUCUGGAUCCCUGUGCACAUUGUCAAUGUGGUGGACAUCGCCGGCAUUGUGCUGCAGACUUCCUGGCCAGAGGCAUCGGCAGCGCUGCUGAGACACAGAAGCACGGCAGCGCGUGUCGUCCGGAGCUUUACGUUUUUUAACAGCUGCCUGGACCCCUUCCUGUACGCCUUCGCCUCGCGGAGGAUCCGUGAGCAGCCCAAGUCGGCGUCGAGGAGCGAAAGCAGGAUGCAGGUCACAAAUAUCUGA